GACGGUCUUCCUGGGAUUUGUCGGGACUGGGAGCGGAACCUCCUGGAGUCAGAGCGGGAGUAACGGGACUCUCGGACGCAGGGGACCCCGAUUAGAGUGGUUCGUGCGGAGGCACACAUUGGCUCUCGCCGCUCGCCCCUGAGCACCCCAAGCUGUGGGGAGACCGUCGGACCCCGGAACCUGCGAGCCCCGUGGAGCUGAGGAGGGACACAGGGACCAUGCCGUACCUGCUCAUUAGCACCCAAAUCCGUAUGGAAGUGGGUCCCACGAUGGUAGGAGACGAAUUCUCUGACAAGGAGCUGAUGGGAUACUUGGGGGCCACUAAGAGGAAUAUGCUGGGAAACAACUUUUGUGAAUACUAUGUCAACGAUCCACCUCGAAUCGUUCUGGAUAAACUGGAGGUCUGGGGCUACCGUGUGGUGAGCAUGACAGGCGUGGGCCAGACACUGGUGUGGUGCCUUCACAAAGAGUAGCCACAUCCCCCUUCAACCUUCUGCCUCUUUCUGAAGAGGUCUCUGUGUACCAGCUGCCCCCUCCUCCCAGCCCCUUGAUCAGGACAGCCUCCCUCCUUCACCUGUCAUGUCCCCCUAACUAGCACCUACAGCCUUCAUGGCAACCUGCUGCAGUCGGUGGUUGGGGUCCCAUCUGCUGGGGCGGGGAGUGCUUCGAAGCCCCCUUCCCACUGCCCUGCCUGCUUCAUCCCUGACACAGAGGCACUGUGCAGGCCCUGAUACAGCCAGCAGGAAACUUCCUAGAGGGAGAAGAGAGCUUGCCCAGCUGGGGGGCCCAGCCAAGAAACUACCCAGUGUGAAGAUGUCCCCGGGCCACACUGUAAUUUAGUCCCAGACAAUAAAGAACUACAGAGUUGUCUUCCU